AUGAAGUUAUGGAAGGCGAUUCCAAAAGCGACGCACAGUCAUCCCUCAAGGGCUUUGGUGGUGAAUCUCGAGACCUGCAAUGACUGGGUUGGUUUCGAAAGAAGACAAGAAAACAAUUUUGAUUGUUGUAAAAAUGGGGAACUUCAGAAAAAACAUAAGUUUUGAUAUAUUGGAAGUAUGAAAUAGUAAUGAGAUUUUUGUCUUCUUUUCUUUUUUUAUUUCUUCUCUAGGCGCAUAUGGCUUGAGCCAUCGAUGAAAAGGUCUCGACACGAUAAUCAAAAAGAUAUAGCCGAUUCACGGCUUGCUUGGGACGCUAAGGGGCGUGGUCUCUCUGCACUCUCCACGAUCCAGGCACUGUCUCGUGCAUUUUCGUGUCAGGACCCAUUUUUCGAUGUUUCAAGCUAGCCGUGAAUCAGCUAUAGUGCCUGGUUGCUGGAGAGCACAGAUAAGCCACGCCCCCUCAGCGUCCCAAGUUAGCCGUGAAUCGGCUAUAUUCGCAAAUUUAAAGAGAAAAAGUUUCUCUGCGCCCUCCUUUCUUCUCGACGACCCUCUCAUGUUUACAUGCUCUUUUCACGUUUCUCUGACCUCGCCGGUGAGGGAACAGAGAGACGCAGACACGCGAAAACUAUCAUGUCGCGGCGGACGGACUAUAAAGAUCGCCACGCCACAACUCUUUCUCUGACACACACUAUUUCGUCGUUCUCUCGCAGCUAGAUAAAGACGAAAUAGUGUAGAUCAGAGAGAGGGUUGAGGCGGUCUUUAUGCGCCGUAGGCCAGAAUUAGAGAGAAGAGAAGUAGCUGGACUCUUUGAGUGAUCACUUGAGAGUAUUCAUCAAUCAUCAUCAAAAUUUAUCGGUUGUUUUAGUCAGAUGGAGUCGACUAGGCGGUGAUAAAAUUGCUCUUUUGAGCGGCACUAACACCGCCUUCGGCGAAAAUGAAGUCAAAACGUGUAGUCGAAAGAGUUGAAAGCAUUAUCUUACGGUCCUUCGCCUCGUCCUUCUGUGCGUAGUCCAUCCAGUUGCGCCUUGACGAGCUCAGAAUGUAGCAGAUCUUGUGCUGGAGCCCGGAGACCGUGCUCUAGGUGGAAGCCUCAGAAUGAGAGCGACCACUUCGAGUGAAGAUUUUACACGGAAAUUGAGAGUAUUCAGAAAAUUCUUCGAUCGAAAAUUUUGUAUAAACUGCGUGCCAUGUUCCACGAAGUCCAGAAUAGCCGUCAGAGAAUGAGUAAGAUAACCAAAUUUUGGAAAUUCAGAGAUAAUUCCGAAUUUCUCAGAAGUUACUUCGAGUCUUCCGGAAACUCUGAAGGCGGGAAAAUUGUAAUCUUGACCGAAUAAGGAAAUUAAAGCUUUUCGAAAAGAUACUGUUUAGUUUCUGUACGGAAAAGUUGGUUUUCUAAGAAUUUAGAAAAAAAUUGUUUUUGUUGGAUUUUUAAAAUGUGGGCCGUAGAUCGAACUCCAAACAGUUUUUUUAUGUUUUUAAUGAGAUCUAGAAGUUUUUUUCUAUUACUUUUUUUCGUAAACUUUCAGUAGAAAUAUAAUCAGAUUAAAAUUAACUUCAGUUCCGUUUUCAUAAGUUUGAGGAAGAUUGAGCUUUGUAAAAAUGUUAAGAAAAUAUUUUUCGUAACUUUUUUUUUGGAAAAAGAGCUUUUUCCCUUUAGUGGUAACUUAAAAAGUUUGAACUACUCCUUUAUUUUCCUCUGACAGCAGCAAGGCAGAAACGUUAACUUUUAAUUUUUGAAGAGUUUUGCCGGACGAUUUUUUGUAUUUUUCGAAGCUUCUUUGUCAAAACUUUAUGGUUUCAUAUUUUCUUUCAAAUCUUUGUUUCUACUCGGCAUUUUAGAAUAUGAUGUUAAUUUUUGAAAAUUUUGGUUAUUGCUAACUAGGCAACUCUCGGACUCGGGUACGCGUUUCGAGGUGAAACUUCGGUGGCUAAUAGACCCGGGUAAGAGUACUUGGAAACAAGAGAGAUUAUCUGCUAAACCCCAUAGGCUUCUGAGAAAAGCUUUUUGAAAAUGAACAGUUUAGGCUUGAAAACUAUCAAAUAUUUGCUUUCCUCCUUUUUUGGCUGGAAAAAAGUUUUUUAGAGUUGAUCAUAGCCGGAUCAUUCAAGAAGAUUGUAGUGAAAUAUAAUAUAAGGUAAAAAGCAGUAUUCUGAAAAGUUUUCAGGGUUAAUCUUCACAUUUUCUACUGAUUUUUUCUCGGUUCUCUAUUGGGUUUAGCAGAUAUUCUCACUUGUUUUCAAGUAUUCUCACUUAGGUCUAUUAACCACUGAAGUUUGAACUCGAUCCGCGUACCCGAAUCCGAGUAGUUCCCUAGUAAGAGAUGAACUUGACUUUUUUUUUUCAGCAGCUAUUUUUAGGUUUCUGAUAGAAUGAGUAGAAAAAGUUCUUUGAUUUUAUUCAUUUUUUCGAACAGAGCCUCUGCUGUGAACUUUUUUCAAGGAAAACAUGGAUUUCACACUUUUCGGUUUUCUCAAUAGGAUAUAUAUUAUGUUUCCUUUUGAUAGUGAUACAUUGAACUUGGAAAUAGCAAAAAUGUUCCUGUAACAUAAUUAUGAGAGAGUAGAACCGUUUAUUUUUCAUAGUAUUCUCGAAUUUUGUUCACCUUUUUGUGUGAAGAAUCGAUUUUUUUUUUUACAGUAUUCUUCCUUUUUUAUCAAAUAAUUCAAGAGGAAAAUGAUCCUUCAGACAGUGAAGCUGUAGAUGAGAAACAAAUUGGACCUUGGCCUAUUUGUGUCGAAUCUACAGUUCAUCGUCGGAAAGGCGUCGUUCUGGGAUGGGAUUGUAGACGGAGUAAAGUCUUCAGAAGGGAAGUUGUAGAGGAGGGCUUCAGAAGCCUUCCAGGGAAACGGAGUUUUCAGACGGUGACACCAUGGGAGCGAAACAAAUCGCGACUGGGUCGAUUUGCCUCGAUCCGACAGUGCAUCGUCGGAAAAAAGACGACCUGCCGGGGAAGGGGAAUGGAAGCCGAAUGAAGGAAAAGAAGCGACGGAGGCCUUUUUUAUGGGCCGAGCCACGUCGACGUGGCCGACGAUUCACCGUGGGAGCCGACAAACGUUUCUUUUUCUCAUCUCGGCGAUUCCGUCUUUGAUUAUUGCCUCGUGAUACUGUACGAUUCAAAGGAAUGCCUUUUCUGGACCGAUGGGAACAUCAUUAAUUCAGAACUGAUCGAACUGUGAUUGCUGUGUGGGAGAGAGUCGGCCCGUGCCAGGAACGGAAUAAUGAGAUUCUAUAAGAGGUUUUUGGAGCAUGGCACGGAGUUAAGAUUUCUUUCGAGUGGUUAGAGCAUGAUAGGAAGCAGCUGGAAUGAAUGAACUUGCUCUAACUGUACGUAUCUGAACGAGUUUAUUGGGUCAUGAGUGGAAAAUGAAGAUUUUUUUUGAGUCCGGACUGAAUGCGUAGCAACAUUAAAAAAAACUUAAGUUUCAGGGUUUGAGUUUUUUUUUCAUUAGGAAAAUGUCUUCAUAAAGGGGCAGACUUAUUUUUCCAUCGAUUUGUUAUGGUCAAGCAUAAAUAUACAUGGUAAGGAAAAUAAAUAUUUGAGUGACAAGUAUUUUUUUUUUGAGAAGCCUGUUGGCACACUCGCGAGUAGUUUUUUGUCAAGGGAGUAGAGGAAAUUCCUAACAAGGACGGUCAUUAUACUUUGCGGUUAGGAAUUGCCUGAAAAUUGGCCGCCACACUACUUGAUGUACUAGAAGAAAAUUCUGAAAAAUCAGUGAAAACCCUCUAUUUUCGUUAAAAUGACCUACUUUGGGGCUCUGCGUCCCUCUUUCUCAAAAAAAGAAUUGUGCUUGAGACUUUCAGAAUAUUUAUCUGGGACAUCAAGGAGUUUUCUGGUCGAAUUUCAGGGAACUCCCAACCGCAAAGUGAAAUGACCUUCCUUGUGAAACGAGUGGCAGAAGUCUUCAUGACGAAUUUUGAGCAAAGGAAGUGAGCUUUAAAUAGUAACAACCGUGUUGAUGAAAUUGUCAAAAUGGAAACCUGUCAGAGGAUUCUCAUCGGAAAACGAAGUUAGUUCUUCUGUUAAAAUUAAUUGGAAAAUGAUAGGAGCCAGGACUGAAUUUUGAAGUUUUAUUUUCUAUCGGAAAGUCUUCUGGUUCAGCUUCAAAUCAUCGCCUCACGAUACUGUAUGAUCCAAAGAAAUGCCUCAUUUUGGUACAUGUGAAUUUCAUUAAUUCAGAAUUGAUCAAACUGUGAUUGCAGUGUGGGAGUCUAGCAUAUCAUUAUCAAUGAGAACAAGUUUCUCCGUGCCGCGAACUGUUUGCUAACCUGAUGAGAUUUUGGCGAGACUUUAUAUGAGUAUUGGAACUCGUUCGUUUGUUCAGAAAGAGUAGCGGGUUAGGAGGAGCUCCAAAUAUUUUCAUUUGGAGCGCUUUUUGAGGCUUAUCUAGAUAGUCAAGAAGAUUUUGACUGUGAGAUCCUUCAGCAAUAAAAUUUUUUAACAGCCCGGUUUCACGGGAAAACAUUAAAUCAGAACUGAUCAAACUGUGAUUGGUUUGUGGGAAAAGUAUUGGGCCGUGCCAGGAACCAUGAAAUGAGUUUUUUUGGAUUGUUUCAUGGAAAUCGAAAUUUUUUAAAUCGAAGAAGAAUGGUAGGCUACGGCAUUGCAAAAUAUCAGAAUUUCAGUUCUGAAUGACUUUUCUGUAGUGCAAUUUAUAAUAAUGAAACGUUUUUUUUUGAUAAUUGACUCUGUAUUUGUAGUAAGGAAAAUUUUUGUUCAAUUUUUAAUUUUUUAGUUUUGAAAUUUUGUAAGCAGUUCGAAAAAGUGGGGGCUAUAGCAAAAAUGGUGGGGAAAAAUCGGUAUUUUUUCUCAAACUUUAUUCUCUAAUCGAGUACCAAAAAGAGAUAAAUGGAUGAAGCUCUCAGUAAUAAUUUGUUGACAGAUCAGCGUGAACCCUAACGUGUUCACUUGGAUCUAGAAUUUGGGAGAAUACAUUGUAAAACUAUACAUUAUUUGUGUCUUGGAGAAAUAGAUAAGAAGCUCUCGUGCAAUGAUAGAAUGACCAGUUAAUUUUUUCACAAUCGUAAACGUAUUUUGAAAAUUUUUUCAAAUCACAAAAGAAAUUUUAAAUCAAAUUUAUUAUUGGAUUCUUCGACAGUUUAAAAAUAAGCUUGAAAGCAACUUGAAAAAACGGAAAUUAAAAGAAGAUUUUCAAAAAAAGCGGCUCAAAAGAUUUUUCCCAUCAUUUUUGGAGCUUCAACGGGGUUUCCCUUGUGAGGGCCCUCGAAUAAACUUUUCCGUUUACCUAUAAACACUUUCUCGAUUAGAAAUAUACUUGACUGAUAAUUUUCUAGGUUCGAGUCUUGGAAUGGCCUGCCGAUGCAAAACUUCGCGGGUUCGGUUGCACUCAAGAAGCCUUCGCUCAGAGUUCCUGGCUACGAAUCGACUUUACCCAAAACCCAGCAGAAUCGGUUCCUAAUUUCCGCGUCUUUCCAAAAGCAGCAACAUUUUGAAGGAGCUCCUCCUGGAGGUAAUGUCCCGAGUUUCUUGGCGAUCUUCGGUCAAACUCCACGUUGGCUCCAUUCAUUCUUUGCGCAACAAAUUGGUCUCCAACAAAAUUCCCUUCGCCUCGGUCGGAUCUUUCCGCGCCGACUAUGUUAUUGAGGUUGUUACAGGGGGAACAUCUGUGGAAGUUUAUGAAAAUUGGCCAGAAAAAUCCUUGAUUUUUGGAAUAAAUCUUUUUUUUUUCGUUUUCAAAAGGCCAAGUGCGGCAUUUGCAGUUAUUUCACUAUGUAUUUUUGGCGCUAAUUCGGAAAAUUUCGAACUUUUUCAUUUUGUUAGGCUUUCCUUUUCAAAAACUCAAUUAUUCACAUCGAAUAGUUUCCCAAAUUUUCAUUUUUUAAUGGACCUUUAAAACCCGAAAGAAAGCUUCAAAAAAUGGCGUUUUCUUUUCGAAACCCAUUUUUCUACUGAAAAUUCGAGAAGACCUGAAAAUUGAUUCAAGGCCCUGAGAAGACGAGGAAGCGUCGUGAUGGACCAGCUCUUCAACAGCACCGAAAGUCCGUUAAUCGACCGACAAGAAACGCCGCUUUUUUUCAGAAUGAUCGGAAGAGCAAUGGAGGUGGGAUUGCACUAAAAGACAACUGAUUUAUUGAAAAAAGAAAAUGUUUCAGGAGUGCAGCCGAGCCUGUGAGGAAAGCCUGGAGCAACUCCUGAACGCCUUGGACGAAAGAAGGGCCAUUUCUCUCUGCAAAGCCUUCAGAGUCAUGUUUGAAGUGAAGACCUUUCCUGGGAUUUUCCAUCGAUUUUUGAUUUCUAGGAACGAAAGUUGGCCUACGAAAGAGUUGUAGCUGGCCAUCGACUCCAAGAUGUUGGCCUUCUGAAGCCGCUGCCCAAAAAUUGCGUUUCCGUUCCGAAGGUUUCGAAAAAUCCGUUAAUUUCAGGGGGAAAAAAUGAAUUUCGAAUACUGAUCUUCUCACCUCUACCCGAGGAUUCAUUCUUAAAUCUUGAAAAAAAGAAAAUUUAGGAAGAAAACUUAAUUCAAUAACUUUUUUGCAAAAGUUUUUUUAAUCACUUUUAAUCGGCUCGUUCGGGACUAUUUUUAGGCUCAGUUUACUCUGAAAAAAUUUUCAAAACUCUAGCUUUUUUAUUGAAUAUUUUCAUACCGGAAUGAGUCAUUUAUUGACAUUUUUUCGCCGUACAAAAAAAAUCAUUAGUUGAAAAUCCUUGAGGUUUUGUUUUUUUUUUAUUAAUUUCUGGGGAGGUCAGUUCAAAUCUUGUGAAGCAUUUUUAUUCUGUUUUUGAUUUAUACUGAUUUUUACUGAUUGAUUUUCGCACAUUCCCUAGUUUUGGAGAAAAACUACCAAACCCGUUUUUAAACGGAAAUAAGUUUUUUAGACUAGUAGCCUUUAUUUUUCUACAAGCAAGUCUUUUCGGUUAAGAUUUUAAUGUUUUGUACAUCAAGAACUGUUUUGACCUUUUUCCAGGAAAAUAUCAACGUUUAUUCCUGAAAAUUCCGUUUCUUUUUGAGGUGAUGGUCUGCCCAACCCAAACUCUGCUCAUGGCGCCCGAAGUCAUGAUGACAAAUCGAGUUGUGAGGAGAUUCGGGGCCGAAUAUGCCCUCAGAGUCGUUUUUCGAGACGAUAGUGGCGGCAAAUUGGCUGUCCGUGACUUUAACACCGACAAAAAUGAACGUAGGAUGGGGAAAAAGUUAUUGAGACAAUGGAAAAUGUUGAGAAUCUGAGGAAAACAGUAUCGUUUCGGUUUUGGUCCGCGACACUUUGGUCGAAGGAAUCACGGUCGGCGACAGAACCUACCAUUUUUUGGCCUGGAGCAAUUCUCAGGUUUUGAUUUUGUCCUUCUAGGUUAUAAAGGAAAAAAAAAACUCAUAUUAGGAACUCCAGAUUGGACACUAUAGGGGCAACAUUAGAAGCCUUCGAAGGUUCCCCUCUAGGGGCCCCUUAAUCACCCCUAUAGAGGCCACAUGAGCUUGAAAAAGUUAUUUAGAUGGAAAAUAUGAACAGGUUAUGAAAUUUUCAAGUUUUUCAAGCAUUUAGAUUUCCAAAUCUCGACAAAAAAAUAGAUGACCCUAUAGUGGUCCCUUUUUUUUCUCUGUGUUUCCCUAAAGUGGCCACUCAUGUUACAACCCUAUAGUGGACACUUUUUUGUUUCCUAUAGGAGCUCUUUAUCUGUUUUACUAUUUUCCUAAAGUGGCCACUCAAGUUAUAACCCUAUAAGGGAAACUUUUUCGUCCUCUUCAGGGGCUUUUUAAUUGAUUACUUCUUUGUGAAGAGUCUAAAAACCGAACGAAGUAUUUAUUAUAAAGUUGAAGUUUGAAUUUCAAUGCACACUGACAUUUUCUCAUCUUUUCGAUUAUUCGAAGGAAAAAAAAGAAGAUUUUAACUUCAGCUCCGCGACCAAGGCUGUUACAUGUACGCGGCGAAGUUCGAUCCGGAGAAGGGCGAAUACACGGGAACGAUUGAAGAAAUCCGCGCCUGGAUGGGCAACUUUUCGACGACGGCCAGUGUCCCGAAGAUGAUGAGCCGCAUGGGGCAAUGCUUCACCCAGGCUCAGGUUCUCGGACAAUUUCUUUGUAUCAUCACUACUUUGUUCCUUUUGAACUUGUAAAAAAACAGAAAUGCGGCUAACUACGCAUAUAUUUUCUCGUCUGGAUUUUGCGCUCCAUGAUGAUCCUUUAAUAGCGCUCAUAGGCAAAGUCGGAAAGGGCUUCAUAAAAAUGUUCUUUUUAGAGUGACAAAGGCUCCUUUUUUGGUGUCUUUCUGCUCCAUUUUCUCAGUCCUUAUGCACCAUUUUUGCUGCCUCUCUCUUUCUCCACCAAUUCACGAGCCUUUGAAACCCCAGAAAAAAUGAAAACCUCGAUAAAGGGACUCUUUUGCUGCCUUUCUGGGACCUUUUUUUGAGCCUCUUCCUUUUAGCGGCCAUUAUCCACCAUUCCGAAUUUGCCCGUGGUAUCGUUUUUGACCUUUUUUUGAACGUAAAUCUUGAAAGAGGCCCUCAAAAAAUUCGUCGAUUUACUCGCAUAGUCUGUAAACUACCCCCCUGCGAGUAAAUCGACGAGAUCUGUAUUAGGAAAGAUAUACAAUAGUUUACAAAAUGAGGACCGACUUCUUGAAAAAUUUCAAAAUUUUCAGACUACGAUCAAGUUGGAAGAGAAACACUGGAUUGUCGAGAACGACAUCACUGGCGGUUUUUUCUUUAUUUUUCUCAGAAAAAAUAAAUUAUUCAGGGGUCACUGGUAAUUACUGUUUCACGGAUGGAUGUGGGAAGAUUUCGCUAAAGUUCGCCCUCAAAAUGAUGCACCUUUUGAAGCUUCCAGUCCUUCCUGUCUGCUUUCAAGUGGAGAAAAUAUUCAAUUUUUAUUUUGGAAUAGAAAAUUUGAGGUCCGUUUCAAAGGGUUCAAAGGAAUCCUAGUCAUCGACCCGACUAUCGAUCAGAUCGUUGGAGCGAAAAAAAUCGUCUUCAGGUUGAAAAAUCAAUGAAUUUUAAUGGAUUUUUAUAUUGGAAUUUUCAGAAAAAAAGCCAGCAAAAAGUUCUUGGAAGGUAUCGGUGGGAAUAAACAGGAACAUUUGGAGGUUAUUUCCUUUUUCUUUCGAAGAUCUGGGAUUUUAAAAAGUUUUAGAAAAAGAUUAUAUCAGACUCGAAAAAAUAGCUGCACAAAAUGAUUGCCUUUAAAAGGUCUUUUUAUAGAGGAGCCCAUAAAGAGCUCACGAAAAAAUAUUUGUCACAAAAAGCCGAGAAAAUAUUUUUGCAGAAAACCCAAGGGACCGUCAAAACUAGACUGACACAGAGAAAAAAAAACUAUAAAAACAGGAAAAAGUUAUUUUUGGGAAACCGUAGACAAUAAGCCAAAAAAAAUUGAGGAAUCGUACAAAAGUAGCCGCAGGAAAAGUAAUUGCAAAUUUUACAACAAGCUUAGAUGCUGAUGAAAGUGCGCUCCAAGGCUAAUUUAAUUUUCGAGUCUAUUUUUCCUUUGUUUUUUUAAGAGAAUGGCUCAAUAGCUUCAAACUCAUCGACGAUUAUUUUCAAAAAUAAAAAUACUGGCGAUAAAUGUUGCAACAAAUGAAGCAAUUUUGGAGACAAAUAAAAUAACCGACUUUUCUUUGGAGUUUUUAUGCGCCUGAAACUUAACGGUGUAAAAUUUUUUGUGGAUUUCUACUACUUGAGCUGUCGUUUUUAAAGAAUUUCUGGAUAACUGUCAAAGAGGGAGAAAGAUAAGUAAAUUCAGAAGAUUCAGAGAUGAUUUACACUUUCUCUGGCUUUUUUCUUCUCAAAUAAUUUAUCUCAUAAGUCGGUUUGAAAAUGAUUAAUUUCCAUUAUAGGUUGUGAAAUAUUCGAUGCCGUCUCCCGUUUGUCUCAACCGGCCAAUGAUCACCAUUCUCGACAAGGCAAAACUUGAAAAAAUAGUUUAUCCAAUCCUAAGCUUUAUCAUUCAGGUGUCGGAAAAACAGUCCAGCUCUUCACAUGAAAGAAUUUCCCGACGUGUUCAUUAUUACCUCGAACGCGAAUUGUCUGCUUUGAGCGGUAGUUCUUGGGAAGAAUCCUCCGAAAAUAGGAGAAAUAGGAAUGCUUGUGAACGAACGGACGGCGGCGGUCGAAAUGUCGACCAGGACCAAUUUGCCCAUCGAUUUCAACCAUCUCUCCAUGAAAUGCGGCUUCAGAAUCACGACCGAUUCUUUUUUGAGACGGAUGCUUGUGUCGAUUUAUCGAUAUAAUGUCCUGCAUCAUAUUUCCAAGGUCCAUUUUCAGCUCAAAUUUCAAAAAAUAAGUCCAAGGUUAAAAGGAAACACCCUAUUAUAAGGAGACUUUCUCAUAACACGCAAUUUUUUUUUGGCGACGCCCCGCCCACUUUUCCUCCGUAAAGUGUCGUGUGUCGUGUGCAUGCACUGCGGCGCGUUCUCGCAGAAAAUUUUCGAUUCGUUUCAAAGUUCUUUGGCAAUACGGCCGCCUGCGCCUUUAAUAUGCCCUGUUGGUCUUAGAGCCGAAAUCUCUGCCAUGAUGUCACGUGGGAACAACGGAGGUUUUGACUCCGCCCACUGAACUUUUGGUUUCGAAUUUUCUUUCACUAACAAAAAACGCCUUGAUAAGGGAAAGCUAUAAAAAAGAGUUUUGAAAAUUCUGAUUGUACAGGAACAAACUUUGGACUUGUAGACACCUUCCUGAAAUGAAGGCUGACUUAAAAGCGCAUGCGCAUAGAUGAAUAUAUUUGAUUUUUUGCUUGAAAACUCCAAAAAGUUGGAAUUCAACUCUAAAUUGGAAGGGAACUUGAGAAAAGGAGAAAAUUCUUAUUCCAAAUAAGAUGUCAGGAAAGAAUUUUGGAUCUGCGAAUAUUCCCCCAACAUUGGUGUAUGCACACUUCACACUCACGAACAUUCACGGACCCAAAAUUCUUUCCUACCAUCCCAACUUCAUGAGUGAUUUCCAAACUUUUUUUUGAAAUGAAAAGUUGAAGUUUUUGAUGUAAAAUAAUUUUUUAAAGGCGAAAAUCUUCCUACCUGGUCACCUGGGCCGCACAAUGUACGGCGUGGUCGACGAGACAGGUCUCCUGAUGCCCGGCCAGGUCUUCAUUCAAUACUCGCCGUCCUUACGGCAAGGGUCCCAUUCCAAAAAGAUCCUGGUGGAAGGUACAGCUUUUCCCGGGAAAAAGCGCAAAAAAAGACUUUUCAAGGAAGAGUCCUGAUCACGAAGAACCCCUGUCACGUUCCCGGGGACAUCCGGAUGUUCACCGCCGUCUAUCAACCAGCUCUCUCUUAUUUGGUCGACGUGGUCGUUUUUCCGCAACAUGGGCCUAGGCCUCAUCCCGAUGAAAUGGCUGGUAGGGAAUUUGUAGAAAAAUUUUAAAAAUAUGCUUGAAAAAAUUUAUUUUUAAUGGAAUGGUAAGAAGGAAAAAUAUGAUUAUUAGAAAAUUUUUAAGAAAAUAAAUAAAAGGUUGGAAGAAAUCUGUCUCUCGAGCUUUGAAUAUAAAAAGACUCAAAACUUCAAAAAAGUCUGAAUAAAGUUACCAAGAAGGAGGAACCUUUUUAAAGAAUUUUUUUCGCGAGUUUGCUAAUAUUCACUUCAUAGCGCUCUGAUUUAAAAAAAAAACAAUUUUCCGUUUUUAGUUGAAUUUUAACACAUCCAUCUAAGUUUCUUUAUCGUUUUUGUGGAAAAAUCGAGAGUUUUCGGCAUUUUCAAUACAUCAUAACUUGGCUCGAAGAAGAUAUUUUUUCAAAGAGCUCCAAAAAUAAUUCUUAGCAAAAUUCUCCCUGAUUUUUUCUAGUGAGUUGAAAAAAAUUGCCUCAUUUUCAAUAAAUAAGAGCUUUGAAAAUGCGUUGUUCAUCUCUUCAAAAACAAUUUCAAAAAAACAUGUUUAGAAGGAAUUUUGAGAAUUUGAAAAAAUUUAAAGGCGCAUGAAAAGCACCUUGAAACAUAUCCUGUUGCGAAAAUCAGCUUCAAAUUCGUCCAAAGUGUAAUUUCUAGAUAUAAGAAAGAGGUGACCCAAAAGUUUGUGAGGGCCUCACUUAAGAAAGGCAGAGUGGUCCUUAUAGGGGCAACAUUAAGAUUCCUUGAAAUUUCCCCUCCAGGGGCCGCUUUACCUUUGCCUGUAGGUAUCACUCUGGCUUUCCUGAGAUAUUCAUUCAUUACAAGGUUAUAUGCUACUUUCCCCUUUCACCAUUUUCAUAAAUCUUGUUUUGAUCUCACCUGUGAAUGAACAAAUCUUUUUCAAGAGCAACGAGGUUUUAGGAUCUGACUUGGAUGGCGACGAGUAUUCCGUGAUCUGGGACGAAGAACUUUAUUUCGAUCGAAAUGAAGAAGCCAUGAUUUAUCCGAACCAGACUCAUGCGGAGGACGACACUGCUGCCACUGUGAAUAUUUUAUUAAUUUUUACAAAUCAAUUUAAAAAAAAAACUAUGGUAGUGGAUCCACAAAAAACGUAUGAUAAUCCAAAAAAAAAGACUUGAACCUAGGUCAUUUAGAACAGCAGACAAGUGUUUUUGAAGCAUUUUUCAGACCCAAGGAAUGGUCGACUUCUUCCUCAAAUACCUCACCCAAGACGCGAUCGGACGUGUCAGCAACGCCCAUCUGAUCUCGGCCGACUACAAAGGCCUCUUCCAGUACCCUUCCCAUUUUUCAAACUGGUGUUGAACAAGGUUUUCAGCGAGCACACCAACUCGAUCGCCUUGAAAUGCGCGGUGGCUGUGGAUUUUCCCAAAAGUGGGAUCCCGGCGAGGAAACUGACGAGUGAUGAACAAUGCGACAUGGCGCCUGACUACAUGCCGACCUCCCAGAGGCCUCUCUACCACAGCAACUCUCUUAAUGGACAGCUCUACAGGUCGGUAGAAACUCGCUGGGGAACUAGGCGGGCGGUUGAGUUGAAUAUUUAGUGGCUAGUUUGAGAGAUAGUGGAAUAGAUAACGAAAAGAGCGGUUGCCGACGCUUGAAUUGAACACGUGCCAAAAGCCGCGUACGCACACGCUACGCGUCCCGCCCACUUCUCCGCUCCCUUCCCUUUUCAAAUCGGGCUGGACUAUAAACCUCAUAGGGUUCUGAUAAAAAGCUUCUCGAAUGAAUCCAGGAAGCUUCCUGUAAGCGCCUUUCUCACCGGAAUGGCCGGACCAUACGUGGGCCAGGCCACUUUUUAAUAGUGACGUCAUAGCGCAGGACCCCCAAAAAAGAAUGGUUCGACAUAUAGUUUAAUAUUUACAAGUUUCGUAAUUUUAUAGGCUGUGUGCCACGAGCUGAAAUUUCACGGAACGACAUUCCGCUGUUCCGCUGCGUGCGUUCGCGAAGCGUCUUUCGAAUCUAGGUCAUGCUUUCAAUUGAUUUUUAUUGCUGUGGCAGCACAUGAAAGCAGAGUACCUUAAUAAAAGAAAUUAAAUUAAAAGCGUGACCAAGUUUCGCAAAGGCGCGCAGCGGAACAGCGGAAUGUCGUUUGGUGAAAUUCCAAGUCGUGGUACACAGGCUAUACAAUGCUUUCCGUUCUAACGAAGAUGCAAAAAAGAUUUGCACUCGACAGGAGUCGAACCUACUCAAAAAAGUCAAUCAUAAGACUGGUUCUCUAACCACUGCGCCAUCCCACCUCGGUGAGAGAGGUAGGUCCAGGCGCGUCGAGGACUCUUCCUGGAUUCCUUCGAAGAGCUUUUUCUCAGAAGCCUAUGUGGUUUAGCAGAUAAUCUCUCUUGUUUUUAAGAGCUCUUACCUAGGUCUAUAACCCACCAAAGUUUCAACUCGAUAUGAGGGCUUGAGCCCGAGUUCCCUAGUAAGUCUGAAAGCCACCAAAGUUUCAACUUGACCCGCGUAGUGCCCUAGGCAUGACGUUUCUUCCAAGUUGAAAAUAAUCAUAACCAUAAAGCUGAUACAUAAAAAUGUCCUCAAAAGGCCUUAAGAUUUCAUCUUUAGAAAAUCGCGCAAAAUCGAGGAAAUUCUGGAGGAAUACGAGCGUAAAGGAAGCGUUUACGAAGGAGAUUACGACUACCUUAUCUGCCCCGAACAGUACGACGUCUUCCAAGGAAACGCUCACGCCAAGGUUUCGGCGACUCGCGUUUUCGAAGAAUAUGCGAGAAGGGUUCAGGUGGGAUUUCGUUUUGGUCCAGUUUAGAAUGGAAUUUUUUAUCUGAGUUCAAUUUUCAGCUUUUUAUUUACUGUCUUUCCUUGCAUUUCUUAUGAAACCAAUCAUUAAGCUGGGUAAAACUUUGAAAAAAGAAAAUCUGGAAAUAUGUCAAGGAAAAGGUUCUUUUGGAUCAUAAAACGUCAUAAAAUGAAUAUUGAGCUCAAAUUUGAAGUUAUACUACGAACGUUACCGUGAAGAUUAUUUGUGGUUUUUUUAGUUUUUUCGAUUUUUUUAAAUUUAGUUAUUUGUUUAAAAAUAGUAGUUUAAUGUUCUUGUGAGACGAUUUUUCGGCCUUCAAAAUUUAUUUUUGAAAACGCUUCGAAUCGAGUUUUUUUUUAAAUAAGACUUCAAAUUUUUUCACUAGUGAUGUACGGUGCCACGACAAAAGCGAUUUUUCGAAGAUUACGGUAUGUGAAAGUCCGCAUUUGGCGUGUCGCAGUGUUUGCACAUUUUUAGUUCUCACGCUCCCGCGUUUUUUUUCCAGUUUUCUUUUUAUUUUAUUUUUUUUGAGUGGAUCAAAACUAUAGGAAACAGGGGUUUUUCAUAAAUUAUUCAUUCUGAAAGAGUUUUAAAAAAAAACUAAAAAUUUUAAAAAAAUGGAAAAAAGCGGAGAUGGUACCACUCAGUUUGUGCAAACACACAAAUUGCGGACUUUCACAUACCGUACCUUUUUGAAAAAAGAAAACCCGUCCUUGUCGUAGCACAUGAUGUGCAUUUGAAAAUGGAGACGAGAUUCAUUUUUUAAGCAACUUCUCGAUGAAUAUGGGAUCGAAGACGAGGCUUCCAUCGUUUCCGGUCAUGCGGCCGUUAUCAAAAGGCUCGCCGGAAUGGAAAAGGUUUUUCAAACCAAUUCCCUCUUCCAAGAAGGAAAUCUAUACAGGAUGACUAUUCCUUCUACCACACUGACAAGAUCGUCGAACUGCGCUACUCGAAAAUCUACGAAUCCUUCCGGAAAAAGUUUUUCGAAGAAUUCGGCGGCGAAGAGGAAAAUACCGUCACGGAAUAUGGGAAAAGUGUCAUCCGAUGCACGCCGGAGAUGCACGAAAAAGUCAGGCAAUGGUAAUUUUUUUGCAUUUUACUCUUUGGACAGCGUGAUGAACAAAAUUGAGAAAGAAAACCUCAGCCACUUUUCUCUCCAUUGAAUGUUUUAGAUUUCAGAUGAUUUAUUAAUUUUCAAAACUUACCGGCGAAACUCCAGAUAUUUUUUUAAGCUUUUUCUGGGACGAAAAAAUAUUUUUUUUCUUUGAAAAGCGUUUAUUCAGUUUUCACAGUGAUUCAGAAAAGCUCCAGUCAUUUUUCUCCCCAAUAAAAAUCCUAAACUUUGACUAACUUCGUCGAGUUGUAACUAAGUCACAACUUGGAGGCGAAAUUCCACUUUUUUGCAGCUUUUUCUUGAUAAAAAAAUUUUUUUUAGCCUCUUAUGAUACUCAGAAAACGCUUUGGUGUCCACUAACGACCUUUUGAAUCGAUUAUCACCAAAAAAAUUGAUUAGUCACCGUUAAGUUAAGGCUUAGAAAAAAAAAAUCUACCACAUAAUCAACUUUCAAAAGUCAGUUUUUUCAAAAAUUCAUUUCAUCGUUACAAUCAAAUUUUCUUAAUUUUACUUUCUGAAUUCACUGUAUUUUGUGUCAGAACAUGUGUAUCAAUAAUGAUAAAAAGAAAACUUUAUUGAUCUUUUCCCAAAAAAAUUCUCAACAAAGUUCAACGUUUCAUUUCUUCUUGAUAAAAUUUUGAAGCUAAAACAGAACAAUGAAGCCGGAGGUAUGUCACUUGACAUGAAAAAUUCGGUCGGUUCGGUCGCUUUUUAAUGAUGCCUACUUUUUCAAUUUUUCGAAUGUCGAAAAGUUUUUUGGGCUUUAUUAAAUCUCUAACAGUCUCAAAGUACGUAUUUCUUCAUAGUAUGGCUUUUCGAAAUCAGAUUUCAAACAUUUUCCCAAAAAAUCUCUCAAAUCUUAAUGAAAACUAUUUCGAAAUCAAAAUUUCAGGCUAAAUUAAAAAGUUUGAAUUGAAAUUUACUGAAAAAAAAGACGAAAUCUCCUAUUUUAGGCCGCCAAUAUUUUCUUUUCGAAACUUUCAAACUAACCAUAAUCGAGGAUUCUGCGCAUAUCGGACACUUGAAAAAUUUUAAAAUCAAAAAAAAACUUCAAAACUUUCGAAAAAUGGCCACUCUAGAAAAAGCGACCGACUUUUCCAGAAUUCUUUAUCAUUUUAUCACGGUUAAAUUUUUAUUCGAAGAGUCUAGGUACUACGUGGCGUACGUCGCCCCGCGAAAAGGCGAUUCCGACGUUUUGCCGGGAAGAAGUCUUCCUUGGAUCGUCUGGGAAGUCCUCGGCGAAUUGAGGAGGAAAUUGGUAGAUUUUGAGAUCCCAGAAGAUCCUGAGAAUCUUUUACUUCAAGAUGGCCCACCAAAAAUCGCACGUAGUUCCAUUCGUCAAGUACCCCAUGGCCGAACGUCUGAAAGACGCCGUCGAGAAGACAGUUCUCUACAAACAGGAGAAAUAUCGAGAGUUUUGCGCGAAGUUGGAAAAAUCCGAAUGUGCUGUUUAUUUGAUGAAGUGGGAUUUUUCGAGUAUAAGAAAAAAAAAUUAGAAUAAUUGUUCAGAUAUGUCCGAAUCUACAAUUUAUACUCGAUUCUGUUCAUCUUGGACGAAUGGCUGAAUGAGGUAAAAAUAGAGAGUUUUCGGAUCUUAGGGUUGCUAGAGUGGUCCCUAGAGGGGCAAGCUUAGAGGUUUUUGUUGGUUACUAUCUAUGGUCUAUAACUGAUUCACGGCUAGCUUGAGCCAUCAUAAAAAUGGUCCUAACACGAUAAUAAAAGAGAUAGUGUCUGGUAAGUGGAGAGCGCAGACAGGCCACGCCCCCUUCCCAAGUUAGCCGUGAAUAGGCUUUACCUAACCUCUCCCUAAGAGGGUCAUUGAAGCUUGCAGAAGUAGCCACUCUAGGGAUUUCACUGAGUGGCCUCUCUAGGAGAGCUACUAGUCGUUUAUUGUUAUAUGAAACGAUUUUUAUGCCUCAAACUCAAUGAAGUAACGCUAUUUGAAGGAAAAAAUAUGAACAAAAUGAAUAAAAGAUCAUUUUUUAUCAAAUACGUUUUUUUAAAUCUCUAACCUGAACGAAAAAGUUAUAACGCCUCUAUGGGGACCAAUUAAGAAUCGAGGGCUAAGAAGGCAAACUCCUACAAGGACCAUUUGAAGUUUACCCCUCUAGAGAGCACAACUUUGUCCCCUACAGGGCCUCUUUUUUACCGUUACCCCACCAGUGAUCGUUCAGGCGCUACUAAUUAUUUUCAAAAAUCGGUGUGCCCGAAAAAAAAUAUGAGCAUAAAUUUGAGUUGAAGGGUUUAAUCAAGUUUUACAGGAGGUUAGGGAACAGAGAGACGCAGACACUCGAAAACUGUCAAGUCGCGACAAAAAAACUACAGACCACUUUAGACAUUUAGACCACUUUAAGAGAAGUUAUGCCCAAAAACCAUUUUGAAGUACCUUCACGACCUUCUGAAGUUUUCGACGACCUCCAUAUAGAUGCUUCUGAUAUAGAUACUACUUAGGAGAAAGUCUUCCCAAAGUUGGGCUCCUACAUCGUUCGCCUUGGCUGUCUUCUGGUCCAGUUCGCCCUCGGAAUCAGACACACGACCGACGACUACGUCAAGUUCGACUUCGACGUCUACUUCAAACAUGAAAAGGUCACCGAGAAAAAAAAAAGAUAAAUAACUGACUUCGAGGUUCAGUUAUUUAUGGAAGAUGAAGAAGAGGACAUGUCCCAGACCUACGAACUCGGUUCGAUGCUCCUCGAGUUCUUGCAGUACUUGGGAAGGUUUGCAAUAAGUGACUGAGGGGUUGGACCAUUAAGAGGACAAAGUACACACUCGGAAAAAAAAACUAUGUAAAAUAACCAGAAAAAAAGGUAAUAAGAACGAAUAUCAGAUUUCCUAACCGUAGAGGCUGAAAGAAAAAUUGAAUAUCACCGAUUUUUUUCCCCGUUUCAAAGCUAUCAGACCUUCUGAGAUUGAAGGGUUCAAAAUAUUUAGAAAAUUUUAGCUUCCAUAUACGACUUAUAGUCAAGUGUGCUCCAUGGACAAGUAACUGAAAAUCAAAAAUAAAAAAUUCAAUUUUUUUUUCUCGUUUCACACUCGAAAUAUUCACUGUAUAUUUUAAUGGUGCCUCUUCCGUUAUUAGAAAAUUAAUUUAAGGCUUCCAGGUUCCUUUUAUUUAUUGAUAUUUGACGAAUUAAUGAUGAUUUUAUCAGCUUUAUGGAGUUCGACAGGACAUCGGUAACGCAAACGCUUCCCGGGCCUUUCUAAGCAGCUCUAGGGAUCACUUUAGUGGCGUGAGCACUCUUAAGUGACCCCUAGAAGUUUUCAGAAAUGACCGGGGCGCGCCCAGUUUGCGUCACCGAGUUUUGAGCAUUCAUUGAACAUUCUUAACUUUUUUUCCAGCAAAGCAUUCGGGUCGGUCAAGUACAUCAACCUGUCGAUUGUUCAAGAUGAGACGGAAAUCGUACCAGUCAUGCCAAUGUCGGCCCUUUGGGUUCCACUUCACCUGGUAGGGAACUUUUUUUUGAAUUCAACGGUUUAGCCAGCCAUUUUUUGAUAAUGGGAAGAAACAGCUAGAAAACUAGCCUUGAUGAAGCUCAUUUUCGCUUCGAAUAAGGGUAGAUUUUGUCAACUUUGACAUCUUUUACUGAAAAAUUUAGAGAAGAAGUGCAUUUAAAAGAUUUCCCAGUCAAAAUUUUGAUGUUGAAAAUUCUGAAUUAGAUUGCCCACCGAACUUUCCACGCGAUCGCAGUGAGUGGCCGAUUCGAUGCGUUGCACUUGACGUCGGCCUUGGACGGCGUCGAAUCCUUGGCCGAGAACGAAUUCAUCUCGGAGAAUCGGUAGCUAUAAUGAAAAAAAAGAGUAAUAGGAGACUCUUUCAGAGACCCUACGAUGGUUAGAGCUUCGCUUCUCGACGACACCAAAGACUACAGCACCUUGCCGCUUUCCCGUUUCGUCAUCAUCGACAAACUCAAGGUGAGAGGGGAACUAGGAGCUUUUUAGUUUUCGAGGGACUACUCGGAAAAUUUUUAGUGGCGACUAUAGGGUUUUGACGUUUUAGUGGCCACUAUUGUAGUCAAAUUAGUGACCCCUUAAGAGGUUAAAAUUAGUUGCCACUAUAGAGGUUGAAGUGCUACUACUAGACCACUGAAAAUUUUAGUGGCCACUUUAGGGGUCAAUGGAUCAACAUAACUGGUCCAAUCUUUGUUUUAAAAUUAUCAGAGUUAAUGGAAGGAAUACUGAAUGAAGAACUACUGAAGUGGCCACUAAAACGGAAAAUAGUGGCCACUAUAGAGGUUGCUUUAGUGGCCUCUUUAGUGUCCUCUCCAAGUAGUCCUUGGCCAGCCUCUAUAGUGGCCACUAAAAAUUUUCCCAGUAUCAAUAAAAAGUCCAGGAAGUGGGAAAAAAUCGAAUCUAGUGGUAAAGAGAAGAUAUAAUAUAAAAAAAUAUUCCAAGAAGAUAUUUAUUAAAACUAAAAACAUACUUCUAGUGAAAUAGGAGUUUCAUUAGAAAAAAUUGAAGAGUUGAGAUUUUUUUUUUGAUUCUGACAGUAAUACUCCUUUUUCCUCGAAUCGAAAUAGUCUAACCUGCCUGCGUCUCGUUUCUCUCAUCUGCAGGGUCAGAGAAACAUUGAUACAACAUGUAAGCUUAGGAGAAACAGGGUGAAAUGAAUUCAGAUUGUUUAAAAGUUGUGACGAAUGGAAAAAAAACACUUUUAAAAGACCCCUACUUUCAGAAAAAAAAAGAUGAUUGAAGUGAAAAGAAGUUGCGAUUUUUGGCUGUUCAGAAAACAAAUCUUGUAUAUCGUAUUUUAAUCAUCUGAGCGCUUCAAAUAAGGUCCUCAGAAGCGGCAACUUGAUCUAAUUCAGGAAUGGACCGGAGUCAAGGAGAUCCACGUGCGUAACGUGGAACGUCGUUCGGACGUGCUGCUGAUCAGCUGCGUCGGCAGCGUCCUCGCCCGCCAACGACUCUCGCGUCUGCUGCUUCUGAAGCCGGAGCAGAUCCGCAGCGCCGUCAUUCGGGACCAGGUCCCCGAAAGCAUCAGAGACGAUCAUGUUUAA